AUAUUUUUGAAAACUUUCUUCGGCAAUAUUGUUCUAAAUUAUGGCAGGAAUCGAUUGGUAAAUGUUUCAAGUCGCUAAGUGGUCUGGUUGCCGAGAUAUGGGACAAAAACUGCAUUUUUUCGAGGUUUUUUUGGCUUUUCCGGGAAAUCCAGGAAGGAAUUCCGGGAAUUUUUUUGGCCUAUGUUCAUCCUCUGAACUUGCUUAACAUAUUUGCUUUUGGAACUAGUCCUCGAUAUUGCUUCGUUGAGGAGGAGAUACGACUUAAAGCUAAGGACACACAUCCAUCCAUACAUUCCCAGAAAUGACAAGUUAAUAAACGCAAUUCUCCAGAAUGGAAAUUGCGCUAAAAAAUAAUCAAAAUCUUGAAAUGAUUAUUAUUAAAACAAGGCCUAAAGCCUAUAUAAUAUAUUACAGUAUCUAUAUAUUAUAUAAUUCGCUUCUGGGAGACGCUAGAAAACAAGCUGAAAGCGCGCUCCCUACCACCCCCACCCCUACAUGGUCUGGUGAGCUGUGGUUCACGAUAAAUGUUUAUAAACAGAGCCGGGUUUAGUGACGACUAUUAGGGGCAGAUAAUUUAGUUUGAAAUUUAGUUAUAAAUAAUAAAGUAAAGUAGUAAAGGCUAACGAAUGCAUGUGUUACUAAUUAUACUUAUCUGUAGUGUCAGCAAUAAGCCAUGUUUCCAGACAUUAUUUCCAAGUUGUGUAUAAAGAUAAUUCAUAAAACCUUGUACAAUGAUGCUUUUUAAAACAGCGAAAUAAAAAUUAGAAAAUGAAUAGGCUAAUUGCAGUUAAUUAAUUCAGGGAUGUGGCACCAUAUUAUAGUACAUAGAACUUUUUAAAAAAAAGGAUAUCUUUACAGAUGACAAUGUAUUAUAUUAAAAAGAAGUAGUAAAGGCCUAGCAAGUUAUCUUUUAUAUUGACAUGGGUAGUAUCCCUUCUCAGAAACCAACACUUUUUAAUGGUACAAAAAGAAGUAAUUUAACAAGCUCAAAAAUGGCAAGUAAACUUGUGAACAAGAAUGGUGAAAAUGAUGUAAUAGUUAUAGAUGACCAGCCUGAUGGGGUAGAUACGGAAAAAGCAGGUGAGAGUGACGCAAAGGAAUGGAGUUGUCAGAGAUGUACGCUGCUGAACUCUGUGACCUUGACCAAAUGUUCUAUGUGUGAAUCUCCCAGAGUCUCACGUCUGCCCACUGUACGUGACGUAGAUUCUUACUUGUCUAGUGCACAGCAGUUAGCCAGCAGUACGGAUAAACUUACAAACUCAAUUCAACCAGAGGCUAGUGCUGCAGAUAAACUUCCAAAAUCAAUUCAACCAGGAGCUAAUAAUACAGAUAAACUUCCAAAAUCAAUUCAACCAGCAGCUAGCAGUAAACUUCCAAAAUCAAACCAGCCUAAUGGUACUGAUGUAUCUGUUAAUAUUGACAAGGUUGAUGUAAAUUCUAAACCAACUGCUGAGAAGAAUAUCAAGCCUUGUUUAAAUAAAGCACCCCCAGCGUUAGACAGUAAAGCACCCCCAGUGUUAGACAGUAAAGUCCCCUCAGUGACAGAGGAGGAGUGGGUGUGUCAGGUGUGUACUUUCUCUUGUAACCCCCACUGGGAGAAGAAGUGCCAGGCUUGUUUUAAGCCAAGACCAUGUGACCUGAAGCGUGGCAGAGACAGUGUAUCGCCCCCCAGCCCGUUAGAGUUUUCUAAGGACAGCGUCUCCUACAAGCACCGCCCCACCCAGAGCUCAUCUCUGCAACAGGUGCCGAAACAAAGUCAAGUCCAACUGGUAGAAGCCAGUCCUACAAAUCUCAAAGGUUGGACGUGUUCUGUAUGCACCUUGAUCAACACCGAAAUGGCAUUAGCCUGUAGUGCUUGUCGGAAUCCUAAAAAUAUUGCUCAGAAAACUUCAUCAAGACCUCCACAAAAUCAGACAGCUAAAACAAUUGGUCCCACAGACCAACACUCAGUGAAGUUUGAUUUUCAUAGAGAGGAGAGUUCUCUGGUGGAAGACAUUAGACUUUUUGAAGAAAAAGAGGCAUGUGAGCUUAGAGAAAAAAUAAUCAAACAUUGCAGAUCAUCCGGGGAUUCAUUUGUUGAUGAUUCUUUUCCUCCUGCACCAAAGUCACUUUAUUUUGAUCCGAAGAAGCCCUUCUCACUCAAGGGAAAUGGAUUUCAAGUCGGCUACCCGUCUUCUGAUGAGAUUAAAUGGUUUCGCCCCAACCAAAUUAUGGUACAGGGUAAUCAGACACUACCAUGGGCUGUGUAUAGGACACCAAUGCCAGAAGAUAUAUCACAGGGUGUCCUGGGGAACUGCUGGUUUUUUAGUGCAUUAGCUGUUGUGGCAGAGAGCUGUGAGCUAGUCGAGCAUAUCAUUUUUAGCAAAGAGAUCUGUGCAGAGGGAGCUUAUCUAGUCAGACUGUGUAAGGAUGGGCUGUGGAAAACUGUUUUAAUUGAUGAUUACCUCCCCUGCAAUUCUCAGAGGCUGCUAGUUUUUUCCCAGGCUAGGAGAAAGCAACUCUGGGUAGCAUUGAUAGAAAAAGCAAUGGCCAAGCUUCAUGGCUGCUAUGAGGCUUUGGUGGCAGGGAAAUGUAUAGAAGGCUUGUCUACCCUGACUGGAGCUCCUUGUGAGAGCAUUUCACUACAAAGUGACGGGUCUGGUGGUGUGGAGGUGGACCCUGACAUCAUUUGGGCAAAAUUGCUGAGCUGCAGGGAGCUAAAGUUUUUGAUGGGUGCGUCGUGUGGGAGUGGCAACAUGAAUGCUAACGAGGAAGAUUUCUCUAGUGUUGGUCUCAGGGCUAAGCAUGCCUACUCCAUUUUGGAUGUCCAAGAUUUAGAGGGCAACAAACUGAUCCGACUUCGCAACCCCUGGGGUCGCUACUCAUGGAAAGGCAACUGGAGUGAUGGGUCACCCUCGUGGCAGACGGUAACAGAAGAAGGAAGGAGGAAGUUGAUGGCCGUGGGGGAGGAGCAAGGAGUUUUCUGGAUGCAGUUCUCUGAUCUCAUGAGGUAUUUUGAUAGCAUUGACAUCUGUAAGAUCCGGCCACACUGGCAGGAGAAAAGAAUUCAGGGCAUGUUCCCUAUCAAUGGAUCCAACGCAACCAAAAUCAUCAAGAUUAGUGUUUUUCAAACAACAGAAAUUGAAUUUGGUCUUUUUCAAGAAGGUUCAAGGGGUGUUGCUGGCGGCAAGUCUCCACUGGACCUGUGUUUGCUGGUCCUGAGAGAGUCCCCCAACCUCCAGCAGGUGGCGGUGGGCAAGCUGGAGGUCCACAGUUCACGCCAACUGCGGGGGUUUGUCGGCUGCAGCCACAUGUUCUCUCCUGGGGAUUAUGUCAUUGUGCCACUGGCAUUUAACCACUGGAAAAUUGACUUUGAUGCUUCUAAGGCCAUGGGUCCCCAUUAUGUGGUGUCCAUCCAUAGCUCUAAGAAGCUGAUGGUGAGUGAGAACCUUGUGUCCAGACCAUUUGUGCUGGCUGAUGCCCUCAUUCAGCUGGCUGUCAGCAAGGGCAACAAAGAGGAGAUUCGACAAGGAGUCACAGCUUAUACCCUGAUGAAGGGAUGGGCAGGGUGUAUUUUUGUUGUAGAAAACCGCCUUCCAGCCCACUACGUCAAUUUGAUUUCAGACUGUAAAGACAGCUGCAACAUAGUAUCAACACGAGGAACCCUAGAAACAACAGAUGUUAUCCCCCCUUACCACAGGCAAGUGAUCAUGGUGCUUUCCCACCUGGAGCGAAGUCAACCGUACCAUCUGUCCAGGCGACUGAUCCACCGGACAAGUUCCUUCAUUGAGGGGCCACCCCACUCUCCACCAAUCACAGAGCAGCUUGCCCCACUUCACAUUCCCCGUCCCUACGUGUGACACAACUGGGCAGCAUUGCCAUCACGUUCCCUACCUGACCAAAGGCCAUUAGUGAAGAACAGCUUUUUGCUGCAUUUAUUUCAUUCUUUUUUAUCAUGAACUGGACUUGAAAAGUUGUUGUGUGUGAUUGUUUCUACAUUAUUGUAAUCUUGCUCAUGAUGUAAUGAUUAUGAAGCCAUUUAUUGAUCUUUCUUUUGAAAGUUUAUAUUUUAAGUUUUUGUUUAAGAGGAUCAGUGUUCUAAAUAGUAUCAUUAUGUUUAUUGUACAGCCAGUCUUAACAGAACCUCUGAAAGAAAAUUACUGAAUUGAUAUAGUAAUUUACUAAUCUUUUAUACUUCUACUUAUAAACAAACAAUCUCUAUCUUCAAUAAUUAGGAAAUAUAGUGUUGCUCAAAAUUAAUUGAAUUAUCUCCCUUUUUCCUCCUUCAUUUGGAAAAAAUAAAAGCAUGGAUUUUAUUGUACUAUUGUUCAUUCCAAUGGUAAAAAGUAUUACAUUUUAAAUUUGUAUACUAAUAUCACGAAUUUUUUUCAACGUGAACUGGCGAGCAAAUCAUUCAUGUAUAGCAUCUGUUAACUUACAGUUAAAAAUGUCUGUUGGUGCUCUUUAUUAAGUGCUACCUUGAUGUUUUCCUUUAUUUUUACCACCGUAUUUGUUUCAUCAUUUUAUGUGCUAGUUUGCUUUUUUUAAAAUCCAGUAUUUGUACUUAAAUUUGUUAAAAAUUAAAACACAAUUUGUGUACUCAUGUUUUGGGAUGAUAGCUAUAGCAAAUGCUAAAUUAACUUAGUGAAAGAUAAAAUAAAUUUCACAAAAUACUCAAUUUUGUAACAUGAAUAGUAUGUACCUUGGGUUUUUUUUUUGGUCAACUGAUUCAAGUUAUCAUUGUUAUUUAG